AACAGUCCGCCCGACGGGAUUUUAUUUUCCGACCAAACGGCUCGCCUGAAGUGGAAGUUGGUAUCGUCGCCGUGUUUCUUCCUCCGACGUGCAAUCCGGUAAUCUUCUCGGGCUCGAAGCUGCGAUCUCGACGGUUCUCGUUUCGUCCUCUCUGUGCUCCUGAAGGACGGAUGUAUCGGCCUGAUUUUCGUAUUGCAUUUUUCUCGACCUGGAAGAGUAACUUGAAAGAAAGGAUGCAGCAUUGCAUUAAGCUACUUGUUCUUUUGGGCUGCAUCUAGCUAGGAGGGACAGGCGGAGGCAAAUAUUCAGGAACAUUUGUUUGAGAACCUUCACGGCUUGGUGUAGAUUGUGGAGUUGUAGUCUUGUAAAAGUUCUAUUCUUAAGUCUACUGAUGGAUGGAAAAGACGAGAAGCCAGUGGAGCAAGACAAGCUGGCGGAGGCACUUGGUAAUCUCUUCAUUAAUGUCUCUGCCAUGGUCAAAGCUGAGCUGCAGGGCACAAACAAUCAGCUAGAACUAUUGGAGAAGAUGAACCUGAAAGUUGCCGAAGAGUACAAAGAAUUUGGAGAUGUCGCUUCAGGAUUAAGAGUAUUUGUAGAGCAGUUGAAAUCAAAAUCAGGUAGCUUUGAUGAGUAUGUACAGCAGAUUGAUGCAAUCGAGCAGCAAAUAGCAGAAUUUGAGGCUGUGAUUUCCAUGCUCGAUAAGUACGUUUCCUUGCUCGAAACAAAAGUGCGAUCUGUGUACAAAAACCCACCUGCAUAAAUGAUGCCGCUCUUGUACUUUCAAUAAUGUCUUUUUAAGUUGUCAAGUAAUACCAAGUUGAUGACAAUUCUGCUUA